GGUCGUGGGUCAUGGCUGUCCGGGCGGCGGCGGCGGCGCCCGGGGCGGGAGCGAGGCCCAGGUUAGGCCUGCACUUCCUCCAGCGGUUCCUGCAGAUACAGAAGGUUUUGUUUCCCUCUUGGUCAUCCCAGAAUGCCUUGAUGUUCCUGACCCUGCUCUGUGUGGCCCUGCUGGAACAACUGGUGAUCUACCAGGUCGGCUUGGUCCCCAGCCAGUACUACCAGGUCCUCGGGACCAAAGAUGCCGACGGGUUUCAGAGCCUGACAUUCUUGGCAGUUGUGCUCAUCGUCCUCAACUCCACGCUCAAGAGCUUUGACCAGUUCAUCUGUAACCUGCUCUACGUGAGCUGGAGGAAGGACCUUACCGAGUACCUGCAUCGCCUCUACUUCCAGGGCCGCGUGUACUACACCCUCAACGUGCUGCGAGAUGACAUCGAUAACCCGGACCAGCGCAUCAGCCAGGACGUGGAGCGGUUCUGCCGGCAGCUCAGCACCAUGGCCGGGCAGCUGAUCAUCUCCCCCUUUACUCUCGGUUACUACACCUACCAGUGCUUCCAGAGCACCGGCUGGCUCGGGCCUGUGAGCAUCUUCGGGUACUUCCUCUUGGGGACCACGGUGAACAGAACUCUGAUGGGCCCCAUUGUGGCGAAGCUGGUGCAGCAGGAGAAGCUGGAAGGGGAUUUCAGGUUCAAGCACAUGCAGAUCCGGGUGAACGCAGAGCCUGCCGCUUUCUACAGAGCAGGGCACGUGGAGCACAUGAGGACGGACCGCAGGCUGCAGAGGCUCCUGCAGACUCAGAGGGAGCUGAUGGCCAAGGAGCUCUGGCUGUACAUUGGCAUCAACACUUUUGACUAUCUGGGCAGCAUCCUGAGCUACGUUGUCAUUGCAAUCCCCAUUUUCAGUGGGUUCUAUGGAGACCUGAGCCCCACGGAGCUUAGUGCCCUGGUCAGCAAGAAUGCCUUUGUGUGCAUUUACCUCAUCAGCUGCUUUAGCCGCCUCAUCGACCUCUCCACCACGCUCUCGGAUGUGGCUGGCUACACGCACAGGAUUGGGGAGCUGCAGGAGACCCUGCUGGACAUGUCCCUGAAGUCGCAGGACUCUGAAGACCUGGAUGAGAGCAAGUGGGACUCAGACAGGGCCCCGGGGUGGCCAGCAGAGCCAGCAGACACAGCGUUUAUCCUGGAGCGGGUCUCCAUCUGUGUCCCCUCCUCUGACAAGCCCCUCAUCAAGGACCUGGGCCUGAAGAUCUCUGAUGGCCAGAGCCUGCUCAUCACAGGCAACACAGGCACUGGCAAGACGUCCUUGCUGCGCACGCUGGGCGGCCUCUGGGCAAGCACACAAGGCUCCGUGCAGAUGCUGGCAGACUUUGGGCCCCACGGGGUGCUGUUUCUGCCUCAGAAGCCCUUCUUCACCGACGGGACCCUUCGCGAGCAGGUGAUUUAUCCCCUGAAGGAGAUCUACCCAGACUCAGGUUCUACUGAUGAUGAACGGAUCCUGCGGUUCUUGGAGUUGGCAGGCCUGCCCAGCUUGGUGACCAGGACAGGGGGCCUGGACGAGCAGGUCGAUUGGAACUGGUAUGACGUUCUGUCUCCAGGAGAGAUGCAGAGACUCUCCUUCGCCCGGCUCUUCUACCUGCAGCCCAGGUUCGCAGUGCUUGACGAAGCCACCAGCGCCCUGACGGAGGAGGUGGAGAGUGAGCUGUACCGCACGUGCCAGCAGCUGGGGAUGACAUGCAUCAGCGUGGGCCAUCGGCACAGCCUGGAGAAGUUUCAUUCCUGGGUUCUGAAACUCCAUGGAGAAGGCAGGUGGGAGCUGACCAGAAUCAAAGGAGAAUGAAGUCCAGAAGGAAGUGGCCGCUGACACGGAGCCACGCUCAGGAGGCCAGCAGUCCCCGGGAAAGAGCAGGACUGCCUGGGGAAGGAGCCUGCACAGGCUCCCUCUCAGGCUCUGUCGGGGUGCAGGCCGCAGUGGGCUCCUCCGGGUAUGGGCUCCUUAGAGCCUCCGGCUUCCCCGGGGCUCCUCCAGCUGCCUCAGCAAGCCCCACUGGGGACCCCAAGUGCCAAUUACUUACAACUUACCUCAGAUGGUGUUUUCUAAAGAGAAACUGCCAUGCAUGGGAUCUACAGUGAUGAAGAAUCAGAGUGGAAACACUUGUAGUCAAGAGAUCGUGGAAUCUUUGGCUCUUAAAUCAGUUAAAUUUGUAACCAGAUUUUUUUUAGUUUUAAUUAACUAACCAUUUAAAUUUUUAAUUUUUUUCAAAAGUUAAAAUGAAAAAAAAUAUUUUUGGUUACAGUUUUUCCUUUCUAUCCUCUAUGAUAGAAUCUUUAGUUUUUUAAUCGCACCUCCAGACUUGCAUUUAAGAGCUUGGAGGGAAGGGAGCAGCACUCACCACUCUUCUGGAACCUCUACUCAUAGUCCACUUCUCUCUGCAUCUCCCAUCUCCCCUUGGCCAGCUGAGUGCCUGAGCCACUAGUGCCUCUGAGAUCCCUUCUGUUUUUCUUUCCUUAACUCCAAGUGAAAAUCAGCACCUUCUCCCUUAGCCAGCUAAAAUAGAAUUGGAAUUUUAAAAAAUAUGUCCACAUUAGGCAAUAAAUUAGACAGACAAAACCCAGGAAGCUCAAAAGCAUGGAGAGUUACUGGGCUCUAGAACAGUGCCCCCCGAAGUCCCACUGUCUGCAUACCACCUUCCUGACACAUCAGGUGUGCAUGCUGCUUAUAAGGCUAACUGCCGCACAUUUUCUUUAAAGCAACUCACUUCAAAUUUUUUAGAGUAUUUUUCAAAUGAGUUCUACCCUUGGCAUACACAGGAAAUACCCAUAAAACUACACAGACAUGUUAUCCCUGUGGCCCUCCCUCGUCACUCUGAAAAGUGGGGGCAUUGGGGCAGCACCAGAUCCAUCGGUCAUCAUCUCCUCAAGUUUCUGCUCACCAGAUCCACCCCCACAUCGUAAAAGCGCCUCACACCCACCAUGCCCCAAAGGGAACUGAUCUUUCCCCAAAGCCUUUUCUAGUGCCCCCUCUCCGCACAGCUGCCGGAGCCAGAAGUUGAGGGUUAUCCUUAAUGUACCCACCCCACCUGCUCCCCCACACCAUCACCAAGUUCUGUCCAUGUUACCCCAUUAGCCCUCACUUCCAUCUCCUGGAGUCCUACCUGGAAGAAACUCAUGGAGACGGAAGGGGAGAGAGAGCCGGUGGCAGCUGUACUUGGAGAAUGUUAGUAACUGGCAGCAUAGCUGCACUGUGGACUCGUGCAGCCGCUGAGGGCAGGCCCAUCAGACACCGGCUGAACAUAUGCGGUCUCAGGCUCUAUUCCGGAGUCGGGGCCUUACCAUGGAGAACAAGAUGGAGCCAGUUCCUCCCUCGGGGAGCUUCCAGUCUAGGUGGACCUGAAGACCGUAAAAGCAACAUUGUAGAGUGUUCGUGAUCUCACCUCAAGGAGAAAGGGUGUCUACGAUUGUACAUAUGCUGUAAUGCUGUGGGAGGUCUUGAACCACUGCUGGACUUCAGUGAUCCAGCAUGUCCUAGAGGAGGACGGUGAGGCAGUGAGAAAGAAGGCGGCUCUGCACACAGUGGGCCGGCACGUGGCUGCAGCAAUGGGCUCAAACACGGACUAUGGCGAGGACACGCAGGACCAGGCAUUGUUUCCUUCCGCUGUACAUAAGGUCACUGACUAGAUGGCUCCUAACAACGGCAGCAUUCACCCAAACAAGUCCAAAGCCACGAGAGACUCUUGAGAAACUGCCAAAGGAUUCUUGGGGUCAUGGAGGAUUCAAGUGCAUGCUUCAAGGCAAGACUUGGUGAAACCCUGCUGUUCCCCUCCAGUUGUACCUCUCCUUCCCCUCAUCCCCUUCCCAUAGCUCCCCUUCAGCCUCUACGCUUGGAUGCUCCUCCCCGAACCCCCUUCCCUGAAUCCAUUUGUCUCCUUCAAUGGACAAAAGCCAUUCAAGAUAAAAAGCUGUAGCCCAAAGAGCAAGUAUCAUCUGCCUCAUCCCCACCCCUUUACUCCUCAGCAUACCCUGGACGAUACUCAAGUCUGUGCGUUGGAAAAGACGGGGGAAUCAUCCCUCACAAAUGAUAGCCAAACCAGCUGGGGUGGUUAGGAACAGGGUGACAGUCUUCUCUAUAGUCCAACCCCAAGGCCACUUUUCCCACCCUAUCCCUAAUUCUAUGGAUCACACCAGCCUAGGGUAGGGUCUCUCCAGCACCUUGGGCAAACCACAGGCCGCAGGUGCAAGCCAAUAACCUUUAUUCUUGAUUCUGGGUAGCGGGUUACCUCACCGCUCACACACAGGCUCUCUGGAAAGUAUACAGUAUAAGCACACAUGCUUCAUCCUGAGCUUUGGUCUCAAUACCAUUGGGAUGUCAAGGAAAUCUUGAAGCAGGUUACACCUUGGGGGUCAGAGUCUUGGGCUGGUGGAGAUCGCUUGGAGCAGUGGUUCUCAACCUUUCUAAUGCCUGUGUGGAACCUUGACCACUGUCCUCGCCGCAGCGUCCCCGCAUGUGAAGACUGGCGGGCAGAUGUGUGGGCGCCGUCUGAGGACCUAGGAGCAUGCUCAAAGGUAAACACCUCAGCCCAAGAGCCGGGCAGGUCAAGUUGCCUUAUACGUUCUCAAUUUCCUUUAUCCUUGAGAUAUUUGCAAUAUGAGUUUUUUACUUGUGUGAUUAACGUGAA